UCAAAUAACACAGACAGUCUAAGCUGUAAGAACAGGUGAAUGAUUGCCAGAGUUACUUUAUGGCUAUAUAGAAUAAAUCUGUCAUCUCAUCCCACUGUGAACAGAUUUAUUGCACGUCGAUGUUUUAAUGAGAUCACUUUAUUUUAAUUGGAGCAUCUAUUCAAAUAGCCUUCUUUUGUGUCACAUGCGGAAAAAUACUUUGAACCCCACGGAAGACGCGUCAGGGAUUAACAGCAGCUUGAGGGAUAUCACAGAGGACCUUCAUUUUGAGGCGUGGCUCAACAGGGGGAACCAUGCUGUCGGGGGAGGAGAUCCUGUGCAGCACACGGCAGGUGAUCGCGGGGCUGGAGGCGCUGCGCAGUGAGAACUGCACCCUCCUGGACAACCUGCAGGAGGCGCUGCAGAGCCGCCCGCCCGCCGAGAGCGGCAGCCUGGAGCAGGAGAAGAGCGGCAUCAUCCGCGAGUCGCUGGAGAGGAUCGAGCUGGGCCUCGGGGAGGCGCAGGUGAUGAUGGCGCUGUCGGCCCACCUGGGCUCGCUGGAGGCGGAGAAGCAGAAGCUGCGGGCGCAGGUGCGGCGGCUGUGCCAGGAGAACCAGUGGCUGCGGGACGAGCUGGCGGGCACGCAGCAGCGGCUGCAGGAGCGCGAGCAGGAGGUGGUCACGCUGGAGGAGCAGAACCGCCACCUGCAGUUCAUGAGCAGCAUCCGCAAGUACGACCAGGAGGAGCCGCCGCUGGAUGACAAAGAAACUGCCUCUGCAAAGGAGUCCCUGGAUGACCUCUUUCCCACUGAUGAGGAGGAGCAGUCGCAGAUCUCCCAGCCUCACAGCAGCGCAGCCGCGGCGGCCCAGCAGGGAGGCUACGAGAUCCCGGCCCGGCUGCGCACCCUCCACAACCUGGUGAUCCAGUACGCCUCCCAGGGCCGCUACGAGGUGGCCGUGCCACUCUGCAAGCAGGCCCUGGAGGACCUGGAGAAGUCCUCCGGCCACAGCCACCCCGACGUGGCCACCAUGCUCAACAUCCUGGCCCUGGUCUACAGGGACCAGAACAAGUAUAAAGAGGCUGCCAACCUGCUGAACGAUGCCCUAGCCAUACGGGAGAAGACCCUGGGCAUGGACCACCCUGCAGUGGCGGCCACACUGAACAACCUGGCCGUGCUGUACGGCAAGAGGGGGAAGUACAAGGAGGCGGAGCCACUGUGCAAGAGGGCACUGGAGAUCAGGGAGAAGGUGCUGGGUACAGACCACCCAGAUGUAGCCAAGCAGCUGAACAACCUGGCCCUGCUCUGUCAGAACCAGGGAAAGUACCAGGAGGUGGAGCAGUACUAUGAGCGUGCCCUGCAUAUCUACCAGAGUCGCCUGGGUCCCGAUGAUGCCAACGUGGCCAAGACCAAGAACAACCUGGCCUCCUGUUACCUAAAACAAGGAAAGUACAGGCAGGCUGAAGCCCUUUACAAGGAGAUCCUGACCCGUGCCCACGAGAAAGAGUUUGGAUCAGUUGAAGGAGAUGGACGGCCCAUCUGGAUACACACAGAAGAGGGCGGUUCGCGACAGGAUGGACUGGGGAGUUUGAAGCGCAGUGGCUCCUUCACUAAGCUCAGAGAGUCCAUCAGGAGGAGCAGUGAGAAGCUGGUUCGCAAGCUGAAGGGAGUGGGGACGCAAGACUGCCCCCCGCGGACCCCAGGGAUGAAAAGGGCCAAUUCCCUUAAUGUGCUGAAUGUUGGAGUGAGGGAGAGCCAGGAUACAGCCCAGAACGCCGGUGCUCUGACAGAAAGCCGGACACUCAGCUCCAGCACCCAGAGCUUGGCACGGCGUGGGUCCUUGAGCGCAAACAGCUAACACAACCAUUCCCUGACCUCUGACAUCUGACCCCCCGAACCUCAGCUGACUCACACCCGGCUCAGGACCUGCUUGUCCUCACCACCCGUUCCUCUGUCCGACUGUCCCACUGGACUGGCCACACCUCAUCACACGCAACCCUAUUGGGCCCUAUUGGACACCUGUCCAGCACCAGCAGACCUAUGUAGGCACAUUAAGAUAGAUGCAGACCCCCUACCGCAGACACACAUGUACACACCCACGGUCCAUCCUAUUAAUCUCUCUGUUGUUCACCAUCUUCAGUGUGGAAAAGCAGAGACCAGUCACACAG